CCGCGGCGCCGCCGCCGCAGCCCCGCGCACUUAUAGGCGCGCUCCGCGGCAUUUGCAGCGCAGCAGCCGCCGCCGCCGCCUUCUCCAGGCAUGGCACAGGGCUCUACCUCACUAUGGCAGCAGCAGCGCGACACAGCACCCUCGACUUCACGCUCGGCGCCACAGCUGAUUGCAAUGCCGUUCUUAAAGCUCUACAGCCCAUUUUUCAGGAACAGGGAAUGACAGAAACAGUUCAUAACUGGGAAGACCAUGGUUAUUUAGCAACCUACAUCAAAAAAAAUGGCAGCUUUGCCAAUUUGAGAAUUCACCCUCAUGGACUAGUGUUGGUGGAUCUGCAGAGCUACAAUGAUCAUAUGAAAGGAAGAGAGGAAACCGAUAAGCUUCUAAACAAAGUAGAAGAAAGAAUGAAAGAAUUGUUUCAUGGCAAUAUAAAAAGAGUGAAGCGAUUGCCAACCAUUUUGAGAGGAGGUGUCAUUGAUAGAUACUGGCCAACAGCAGAUGGGCGCUUGGUAGAGUAUGACAUAGAUGAAGUUGUUUAUGAUGAAGAUUCACCAUAUCAGAAUAUUAAAAUUCUGCAUUCAAAACAGUUUGGGAAUAUUCUUAUCCUCAGUGGGGAUGUUAAUCUGGCAGAGAGUGACCUGGCAUAUACUCGAGCCAUAAUGGGCAGCGGAAAAGAAGACUACACUGGGAAAGAAGUGCUAAUCCUAGGAGGUGGUGAUGGGGGUAUACUAUAUGAAAUAGUCAAAUUGAAGCCAAAGAUGGUCACUAUGGUAGAGAUUGACCAAAUGGUGAUUGACGGGUGUAAAAAAUACAUGCGUAAAACAUGUGGAGAUGUCUUAGACAAUCUGAAAGGAGAAUGCUAUCAGGUUCUAAUUGAAGACUGUAUUCCUGUACUGAAGAGGUAUGCCAAAGAAGGAAGGAUGUUUGAUUAUGUAAUUAAUGAUCUGACAGCUGUUCCAAUCUCCACAUCUCCAGAAGAAGAUUCCACAUGGGAGUUUCUGCGAUUGAUUCUUGACCUCUCAAUGAAAGUCUUGAAACAAGAUGGAAAAUAUUUCACACAGGGAAACUGUAUCAAUCUGACCGAUGCCUUGACUCUGUACGAAGAACAACUCAGCAGGCUUUAUUGUCCCGUGGAAUUUUCAAAAGAAAUUGUAUGCGUUCCUUCCUACAUGGAAUUAUGGGUAUUCUACACUAUUUGGAAGAAACAAAUGGAAGUCUGAACAUCAAGAUUAUUCAAGAUUAUCCUAAGCGUACAUGCUGCAUGGAGCAUAUAGGCUUAUCACGUGCUGCAUAUUGGCAUCUUGAAUCUUUAAAUUAUAUGCUGUAGAUGAUCCUGAAACUUAGUCAUGCUAUUGAUUGUGAAUUCUUUAAAUGUUUUUUAUUAUUAUUUUAAUUUAAAAGCAAAUGGAAAAAUGUAUAUUUUGAUGAGCUAGGGUGUUAUUUUUGAAAGUCAACUUAAAAAUGAAUAAGCAGCAAAACUAUAUAGCUGCUGAAUGCACUGAACCUUUAGAAUGUGAUCCUUUUUAUUUUUUGUAGAUCUUCACAGAAUGAUUGAUUAAAAAGAGACAUCUUUAGCAUUUCAUCCCUGAGGGUGCUCCAUGGAGUUUUUGUUUUCUCAUUUGUUUUCCCAUCAGAUUUUUAUCUAUGGUGCUUUUCAAGGCUAGAGCGGUGGUUUUUGGUUGUAAUUUUGAAGCGACCAUUGCAAUGCUUCUAUAUAAAAAAGAAGGACAUAACUUAAAAGGAGGAGGAGUGGGAGGAAUCUUGUGAAAGGAUACUACAAAUUCUUUGUUAAAAAGGGAAGAAAGCUAAUCUUGAAAUUCGUUAAUUUACAUUUAUCAUGUUUAUCAUAUUGGUGUAAUCUCUUCUACAGGAGAAGAAUCUUCAACCUUUUGCCUCAUGGUGUUCUUUAGUGACCAUACCGAUAUUUGGAUUUUAAUAGGGAUUAAUAGUAGGUUAUAGAGGCACUUUGUAUCAACGUGAAAAAUAAUGUUGAUUUUUUUUUUAAUCUCACCAUAAUACAAGAAACUGAGUGUAAUGAGGUUCCUGUGGUCAUACACUCUUCAGCCUUAUGGGAAGCAUUAGGUUCUUGAAGAAAUGAAAAGUCAUUAGGAGGGAGAAGGAAAGUGGAUGUGAUCUAGAGUCAUGUGCACCAGUAUUUCUUGAAUGAUUUGGAGCAAAUAUGUUUACUUCAGUAGGGUUAGUCCUGGUUGUAUUGCUGCAGACACUUUGUUGCAUGGGGCUUUCUUUCGCUCAGUUAGAUUCACUUGCAAGUUAAAGCUCACUGGAAGAUAAGGUUGCGUUGUAGUUCUUGUUCUGAAAGAUAAAACAUUUUUCUUUAACUGUUUUUGCAUGUAGUCUGAAAAGUUAUAUUUUUGUAAGAAUGUGCUAUUUACUAACUAAAACUUUGCUUUAAAUGUUUAAGAGAUCCCACUUAAGUGGAGGCAGGAAAAAUAUAACCCUUCUGUACAUUUCCAAGAUGAAAGUGCGCUCUUUCCCUAAACACUGUAAUCCAGAACCAAAAUGAUACUGUUGAUGAAAACAAACAAAACCACAUACCCGGUAUCUGUAUUGUUAAGUAAUGAAUAAAGAACUAUUUUACUCUAUUUCACAUAUAAACUGAUGAUGAAAUCUGAGUAGGCUGUUUAGAAUUUCAGAAUGAUAUUCGAAGACUUGCAAAAAUUUGCUCUACAUUUGAUGUAUAAUUAUCUUUGCAUGUACAAUUGUGCUGUUAAACUGUUUUCAGUUUGGAGCACUUAGAGAAUUACUCUUAAUUUCUUCCUAUUUAAAAUGAUUGCAGUCAGUGUUAAUUCUUCAGUAUACGUUGGGCCCAGUUGUUCCAUGGCCUGCAGACUGUGUAUCCAUAACCACUUCAAAGAGCAGAGCCUCCCUCUUUAGCAGGAGAACAGUCUUACAUUUCCCCAAGUGUUUCAGCUGUUGUCUCCGUACCAGAAAAUACCUUGAAACUUUUGCCUAUGACUAGUAGUAACUGCUCAUUUAUGAUACAGGACUGCAAUCAAUAUAUUGCAUAGGGUGCAAAUUAGUGCGCAUGUCCUAUAGACAAUUGUGUAUAUCCUUAACUUUGCAUGCAUGGAUACUCCCAUUAAUUCUGUGUGUGAUUUACUCGUGUAGGUAGUACUAAGCGCUCAGGUGUUCACUAGGACAGGACUUACAGGAUAUGCUUUCCUGUGUAGGCUUAAUAGAUAGAAAUCAGGUGCAACAAAUGAGUAGGUGAUAGAUUGUUUUUUGUUUGUUUUUUAAUUUGUGAACUGGAAGGUGAUUUAAGUUGCUGGCUUGCUGUACAAAGGCUAGUGCUUUUGUUUUGCUUAGGUGCACAAAGCUGCCUGAACAUAAAGAUUUUUUGGGGGGUUAAGGGGAUGUUCUGUAAUCAGUUCUGUGAAUGGCCAGGGGACCCAAAUUUGGUGGGUUAGAUUGUUGGUAAGUGAGAGGCAACAGUGUUUGGAAAUUUUUCCUUAUCAGUUGUUACAGUGUAAAGAGAGACGGAGAAAUUCCUUUUUUUCUCUUCUUCUGACUUUUUAAUGUAGUUUAUUUUUAAAGUGAUAGAUGUAGUAUAAAGCAAUUCAGUAAACACUGAACAUUGCUAUGUUAUUUUUUUAAGUUACUAAACUGGUUCCGAGGAAAUACACACAUUGUCAAUUUUUAUUUAUUUGUUGCUGUAAUUAAAAAAAAAUCUUCUAGAAUUUUCAAAAGCAAACUGCAAUAGCUGAUCAAUUUUUCAUGUUUAAGGCCAGCUGGGAAAUAGCUAUGAUUACCACGCUAUGUAUGCAGUUUCCAAGAAGUGGUUGACAUGAGGUUUUCUCAAUUAUUCUUUGCACUAAAUGCUGCUUCCACCUAAAAAUGUGAUUUAAAAUUUUGAAAACUUGAUUGGUAGUAGUUUGUGCAAAGAGAAGAUUGCUGGCAUUGUAUCUGCUGCAUCAGUGCAGUGCACAUGUUAAAAUAAAGGUACGCUGUUAUUA